AAAUUUCUCAAUAAAUAUAGAAUAAAGAUUGGAUAAUUUAUAUGGUGGAUUUUAUAUGCGUGGGAGUCGAUUCUUAUAGUCGUCAUAUUGAGUGGGCUUGUUAAUUUUCUCUAGUAACAUGAGUUAAAAUGUAUUUUAUAGACUAUUGAAAAAUGUAAACAUAUACACACGCACACACACAUAUGCACAAAUCAAGAAACCCUGUUUAAGUGAUUUUAUAAAAUCAUAUUUACCAAUAUCUUAAUGGAAAUUAUUUUACAGGGAUUUACAUACGUAUAUAUAUGUAUAUCCUUGUAACUUGAUUGUUCUUAUUUUCUUUACACAAAAUCAACUUAGAUGUUAUUAUUGAAUGCUUAUUAAUCCAUUAGUCAAUUAUCAGUAUUAUUAUUAUUCUAUUAUAAUUUAUGCUAUUAAACAAUUUAAUUAUUUAAUUGUUAAACAAUUAAUUAAUUAUUGGAACAAAUUGGUUUCUAAUAUUGAACUCAAACAAAUUAUUGAAUUGUUCAAUAAUAUUCAAUUUCAUUUGUCAUGGACAAAACGUAAUAUUUCAAUGAAUCGUUUAAAUCCAUCUAUGAAAUAUAUACGCGUAAAUUUUGAAAAUUUAUCAUUGAAAUCAACUGAAAGUACUUACAUUAAAUGUGAUCAAAUGAAUUCUUAUAAUAAUAACAUUGAAAAGGUUGAAAUUAUGAAAAUUUUAAAAAACCCUUUAACACAUAAUAUUAGUGAUUAUUAUAUAGAAGCAACUAAAAAGAAACAUUAUCUAUUAUUAAAUAAAACUAUACAAAUUCUAAUUAUAAUAAUCUUAUUUAAUUAUUCAUUAGUUUACGUGAACAAUAAUCUUUGCAUAGAUGCUAUGCAUUUACAUAAUACUAUUUUAUCACCAUUAACGGAAACGUCAACAGAUUCAGAGACAAUAUUAGAAUCAGAUUCAUCUACAUUACCUACAUAUUUAAUUGAUUCACCUGUAGUCAAAUUAAUUAAAACUCCAAAAACUACACGACAAUCUUAUUUAGAUAAUGGAUUACAAUUAGAAAAUAAAGUAAUGCAAAGAAUAUCAUCAAUAUUUCAAGAUAAAAAAGCUAUACAAGAUUUGUUGACAGAAAUGAAUGCAUAUUAUUUAACUUAUGGGAGACCAAGAUACGGAUAAAUGAAGUUGAAAAUUAUGAUGAUUAAGAAAAUACAAAAUGAAUUUGUCAAGAAUAUAUAUACAAUGUAUCAGCGAAAUUUUUAAAGAAAUAUACAUAUUGAAAUAAAAUGAUAAUAUUAAGCAA